AUGCCCUCCCCUUUGUUCAUGCUCUCCCCACUUGGCCCCACUCUUCCUCCUCCUCCUCCUCCUCCUCCUCCUCCUCCUCCUCCUCCUCCUCCUCCUCCUCCUCCUCCUCCUCCUCCUCCUCCUCCUCCUCCUCCUCCUCCGUGUGUCACAGCAUAUCCUGCAAGCACACUCACGUUCCCUGCUGCCCGCUGCUGCUCUGCGCUGUCCCCUUGCAUCUCGCAGCCGUACCGAGCCACACUGCUUGACAAGGGCCGUGGGGGCAGCAUGAAAGUGGGGGUGCUCGCGCGCUCGCUUCCACUCACCACCUUGCAUGCCAUCUUUCCCCUCUCCUCCCCCCGCCUCUCCCCCUCUCACCACCUCCAUGCCUUGACGCUCCUCUCCUGCCUCCCACGCCCUCACCUCCCCGCACACUUCCCCCAUUGCCCCCUGCUUUACUAUCUCCUCCCCUCUAUCCCCUUCCCUCACGCCUCCCCCUGCCCACCUGCCCUCUCCCCCCAUCUGCCCCUUCCUUGUCCUGGCUUUUGA